CACAACAAUCCAGAAAGUGUCAGUCAUGGACCUGUUGCACCUUUACGAGUGGGUCGAUAUCAAAAGUAUUUUGAUAUUUUCUUGUGUGUUUUUAUUGCUGAGUGAUUAUAUCAGAAAUAAAGCGCCGAAGAACUUUCCUCCUGGACCAUGGUCUUUGCCGUUUAUAGGAGACCUUCAUCAUAUCGAUAAUAGAAUUCAUCUUCAGUUUGCAAAGUUUGCAGAAAAAUAUGGCAAGAUUUUCAGCCUUAAAAUUCUUGGACCAAGAAUUGUUGUGUUGGAUGGAUAUAAACUAGUGAAGGAGGUCUAUACACAACAGGGUGAUAACCUCGCUGAUCGACCCUCACUACCUUUAUUUUAUGACAUCAUUGGAGACGGAGGUUUAGUUGUUGCCAAUGGCUAUAAAUGGAAUCAUCAGAGGAGAUUUGCACUCUCAACUCUUCGAAACUUCGGAUUGGGGAAGAAAAGUUUAGAGCCAUCCAUCAGUCUUGAGUGUUGCUUUCUGAAUGAAGCCAUUUCAAAUGAACAAGGUCGACCAUUUGACCCUCGCUUUCUGCUGAACAAUGCUGUCUCAAAUGUGAUCUGUGUCCUUGUGUUUGGUAAUCGAUUUGAAUACAGUGACCAUGGCUUCCAGUCUCUGUUAAAGAACAUCAGUGAAGCUGUUUAUCUGGAAGGAGGGGUCUUUGCUCAACUUUAUAAUAUGUUCCCAUGGCUCAUGCGACGACUGCCUGGGCCGCACAAGAAAAUUAUUGCUCUGUGGAAAGAAGUGAUUGGCUUUGUUCGAGAGAAGGUGAAUGUACACAAAGCGGAUUAUGAUCCAUCAAAUCCUCGAGACUACAUUGACUGCUUUCUUGCUGAGAUUGAAAAAUUUAAGAAUGACACAGCCGCUGGGUUUGAUGUGGAGAACCUGUGCAUCUGUACUCUAGAUCUGUUUGUAGCGGGAACUGAGACCACCGCUACCACUCUGUACUGGGGUCUUCUCUACAUGAUAAAAUAUCCUGAGAUACAGGCCAAAGUUCAGGAGGAGAUUGAUCGUGUUGUGGGAGAGUCACGGCAGCCAUCUUUAUCAGACAAGGACAGCAUGCCCUACACCAAUGCUGUCAUUCAUGAGAUACAGAGGAUUGGAAAUAUUAUCCCAAUAAAUGUGGUCCGGGCUACUGUGGAAGAUACUCAGAUAGGAAAAUACUCUAUCCCAAAGGGCACAAUAGUGACCGGCAGUUUGACAUCAGUGCUGUUUGAUGAGUCCGAGUGGGAGACGCCACAUGCUUUUAACCCAGGUCACUUCCUGGAUGCUGAAGGCAAUUUCAGGAGGAGAGAUGCCUUUUUACCUUUUUCUCUAGGAAAGAGAGUGUGUCUUGGGGAGCAACUGGCACGGAUGGAGUUGUUCCUGUUUUUCUCCUCUCUGCUGCAGCGCUUCAUUUUCUCUUCACCAGCGGGUUUGGAGCCCAAACUGGAUUUUAAACUGGGGGCCACGCACUGUCCCCAGCCAUAUGAAUUGUGUGCAGUGCCACGCUAAAACACGCAACACGUAAUUUCAGUAAUAAAUAAAACAAAAUCUGAUUUUAAAAUAGAACCCAAUAUGUGUAUCUCUAAAAGUUGCUGGGUGCUUACAUGAUGUCUGUUUUAGAUCUUUCUUGGUUGGUUGGAUGCAGACUGGCUAUUUGCUUAGUUAUACGAGUUAUAUGAUACAAAAAAUAUUUACAAAUAAAUCAUCAUUGGAAACAAAAAGGAUCAUUAUCUUAAGUCAUA